AUGGCAGCUAGUAGAGUCCAAAGAUAUGCAGUUUUUCUUGCUGCUUAUAAUUUUUGUAUUAAAUAUAUCAAAGGUGAAAAUAAUGUUAGUGCUGAUUAUCUCUCAAGAGCUUUUCAAUUGAGUGAGGAGGAAAUGGAUAGUUUGGAAAAGAAUGAGUAUGGAUAUUUGAAUUUUAUUGAGGAGGAAAUUGUCAUGUUUGAUAGUGAUUUAGUCAAAAGCGAAAGUGAUAAGGACCCUGUGAUAAAAAAAGUAAUGGAGUAUGUAUUAAAUGGUUGGCCAAGUGAUAACAGGACUGAUUUGGUAGUUUGCGAAUGCAGGAAAUUGGAGCUUCAUGUGGAAAAAGAUUGUCUGAUGUGGGGUCAUCGAGUAGUGGUGCCAACGUCGUUGAGAGCAAUGAUUUUAAAGGAGUUACAUUCAUCUCAUAUGGGAAUUGUGAAAAUGAAGGCUUUGGCCAGAUCGUAUGUAUGGUGGCCAGAUAUUGAUAGUGACAUUGAACAAAUUCCAAAAUCAUGUUUAUUGUGUCUGGAGAGUGGAAGUAAACCACCUAGAAAUCCUUUGACAGUGUGGAAGUGGCCAGAAGGUCCACAGUUUAAGGUACAUGCUGAUUUUGCUGGACCACUCAAUGGAAAAAUGUUUAUAGUAAUUGUUGAUGCAUAUUCCAAGUGGAUUGAUGUGCGUGAAAUGGUUAAUAUAACGUCAGAGAGUACAAUUGACAUUUUCGAAGAUUAUUUUACAACCUGGGGUAUUCCUGUGGUUCUGGUGACAGACAAUGGUUCUAGUUUCACAUCGAAGGAAUUCGAGGACUUUACAAAAUAUUAUGGAGUUGAGCACAUUCGAACACCUCCAUACCAUCCUGCGUCGAAUGGUGCUGCAGAGAACAUUGUAAAGACUUUCAAGAAUAAAUUGAAAAUCUUGAUGAAAUCUGGGAAAUCAGCAAAGACAGCAUUGAGAAUAUUUUUGAUGAACUAUCGAGCUACACCUCAUUGUACAACUGGAUACACACCAGCAGAAUCACAGACUGGUAGAAAAAUGAGGAUUAAGUUGGAUUUCCUUCGCCUAAAUCUGCGUCAUCGAAUAGUCAAACAACAAGUUAAACAACAAUUCUAUACAUCUGGUAGUCAUGAAAGGAGUUUUGAACUGGGACAACAGGUCAUGGCAGCAAAUCAUACUGGUGAAAAAUUCCUAUUAACUAAGAUAGAAGAAAAGUUAUCUCCAGUCGUUUAUAUGGUGAGAACGUUGGAUAAUCGUUUCUGGAAGAGACAUGCAGAUCAACUGAAGGCAUGUUCAGUACACUAUGAGGACAAAAUUACACCAAUCCAAAGUGAGAGAAAUUCAGAGGCAACCCCUGAAGAUCUUGAGUCACCUGAGAACCUGGUUACAACACCAGAUCCUGAGAUUGCAGUGGAAACACCAGCUGUCAUAUUACCUGAAAACAGUUCUGUCACCCCUAGCACUUUGCACUCAGAUUCUUACAGAUGUAAGAGGGAGGAGUUUGUGAUGUAUGGGCGAACCUUCAUGACAGAUUACAAUGAAGAUCCGCCAUAA